CCUCUUUGCUCAACACUGCGCCAUAAACGCGCCGCAGCGUCGCGCGCCGCUCCAUCCUCCGCUCCAGCAGGGCGCGCCACUGAGACGCCUCCUCCCCGCAGAAGGCUGUGAUUUCUGCCAGGCUGCCAGGAAAAGUGGCGAGAGACGCGCCAGCAGUGUGUGUGUGUGUGUGUGUGCGCGCGCGCGCGCGUCUGUGUUUGUGUGCGAGUCUUCAUGCGUGCGCCACGGCUUUAAAUAUCACCUUCACCGGCGGAGGGUGUGAACAUGCAUCCGGUCAGCGUGUCCGUCCCGUCGUUCCGUUCGGAGAACAACUCGAUGGAGAAAGGAUACACGGUUUUUAAAAUUGACGUGUUGGUGAAUGGAAGACUGAACUCGAUAGAGAAACGCUACAGUGAAUUCCACACCUUGCAUAAAAUACUAAAGAAGAGCAUAAAACCUCCUGAGAUCCCAUCAAAACAUGUCAGAAACUGGGUUCCUAAGGUCCUGGAGCAGAGGAGACAAGGCCUGGAGCUCUAUCUGCAGACUAUAAUUAUGGAAAAUGAGGUCCUCCCGAAGAUAUUCCUGGAUUUCCUGAACAUCCGCCAUUUUCCCUCGGUGCCGAAAACAGAAAGCUGUGGGUCGUUCGAGACGGAGUCCGAAGAGUCGAGUAAACUGUCACAUCAGCCGGUCAUGCUGUUUCUGAGAGACCCCUACCUGCUGCCUUCUGCACAUGAUGCGUUUUCUAACGUUGUGAUUGAAGGCGUGGUGCAUGGAGUCUUCUGCCCUGACCUCCAGCUGAGGUAGAGGAAACGACCUCGACGGAGGAUCACUACAAACAAACCUUUACACCAUUUUAGGUGUGCAUCAGCAGCAUCGUAACAUGUUAGCAAACACUGAGCCUCAUUUUUAAUCUGUCAUUACGUCGCUGGCACUACAUUUUCAAACAUAACUACUCUGUUGUCCUCAAUGGAAACUGGAGACGCAGCUAAUGCAAGUUGAUUAUUUUUAAGGUUUAUAGUGUUUACAAUGUAAUAAAUAAUAUUUAAAAUUUACUUUAUACAAUAAAGAAGUAAAAUGAAUACUAAUAAGCACCUGAAAGUUGAAAUUGGAGAGACUGUAAGUGUUUUCCGGUGCCAGAGGCCCGUGAAGACGAAGCACGGGCCCUGGAGCUGCCACUCCCUUUGUAGAAGCGCUUGUGUGGUUUUAGAGUUUGUUUGGAUCAGCCAGACGGCGGCAGGGCAGGGAGUGCAGUGGGACAACAUGGAGGAAUUCUUCUAGAGGGUGUUCGUGCCACAGGGCGAGGUCAGACGAGGAUCUCCUCCGGCGUCUGUGGAGGACAGUAGCGCUGUUGUCGAGCGGUUUGAUGAGGUCACGUUCUGGGGCCUCGGCCAAUUUGAGAUGGCAGGAGGCAAUAAUAUGUUGUGAAACCUGUGAGCGAGGAAAAACACCAGAGCUCCGCCGGAGCUGGGUGUCGCUGAGGGAAACACGUGCUGACAAACCAGUUCUGGAAGAACUCCUUCAUAAGAACAGCCCACUGCAACUGAUCUCAGCUAUAACUGCUACACGCAGCCUCUAAUACUAGUUCUAGUCUAUGCAAAAUAGUAUUAACGUGAAAAAGGUCAUUCAUAAGCUUUUAUUAGGAGAUCAGAGCUGAUUUAACCCUGAGUCUGUAAAACUGCUUCAGACUUCAGAAUCACAGAGACUUUAAGACAUUAGUAUAAAUAUUGUUUAUCUGUCGCUUCUCACGUAACUGGUUUGGUUUUCUGACACACACACACACACACACACACACACACACACACACACCAUGAAUCAUCUCUCCAGCAUCUCACAGUGUAUGAAGUGUUCCAUCAUGAUCAUGAUGAUGAUUAGCUUUCUCAUGUGACUGGACCUUCACUGCGGCACAUUUGUACUUUACAUACAUUUAAUGUACUGAACAUUAAAUGACAAUUAACCUGUAGAUUGCUGUAGAUGUAGGUUUGUGUGUGUUUAUACUGUGUAAUGUAUUAAUAUUUGUGAUCUGAUGAUGUAAACCUUGUCCAGGUGCCAUAACGUCAGCCUACAGCGAACAAUCAAAUUCUCCUGUAGCACUUUAACAUGGACUGACACCAAUAAAAUGGAUUAUUUGCAGUCA